AUGUUGCGAUGGAUAAAAGAGAAUAAAGGUAAACCAUUAAUAGCUAAUAUUCGCUUGACAAAAGAACCAAUAGACUGCAUGAGUGUGCAAGUUUACACAGGUGGAACAAGAGAUGAAUUAAAUACAAUUAGUCUAUCUAUCUAUCUAUCUAUCUAUCUAUCUAUCUAUCUAUCUAUCUAUCUAUCUAUCUAUCUGUCUGUCUGUCUCAAUGUGCUCACUACAUAUCUAUCUAUUUCAAUUUUACACACAUUUUCCCUCAUCGUUGCCAUCUUUGUUACUUUAUUUGUAUCUUUGUUUUUUUUAUAUGUCUGUUUUUUAACAUAUUUAUCCUUAUAUCACUAUUUUGUUUCUUUUUCUGUCUUUCUGGUUUUAAAACAUUUUCCCUCAUCCUCGCCGUCUGUUACUUUAUUUGUAUCUUUUUUCUAUGUCUGUUUUUUUAACAUAUUCAUCCUUAUAAUCUUUCUUUUGUUUCUUUUUUCUCUUUUUCUUUCUCUUUUUCACACAUUCCUCCUUCAUCAUUUCCAUUUUCCUUUCUUUUGCACAUUUUUUUCUUUUUUUAAUAUCUUUCUUUUUACUCUUUUCUUUCUUAUCGUAACUCGAAUCUUACUGUCUUAA